CUUGUGUUUCCUAAAAUAGUCCAUCUACUAUGUGAGUUUUACAAAGCACCCUUUCCGUCUACUUCCUCAUCCUAUCUCCCGUUUUCUGUGGGUCCCAAUCUGCUAAAUCUCUCUAAAAAGAGUAAAAGCCCUAAACCCCAGCCAGCUUGGCCGUCUUCUUCUUCUUCCUCCUCUUAUCUUUUCCCCCUCCGACGAAAUGAGCUCUUCUUCCGACCGCCGGCAAAACCCGACGGAGCUGGCCCUCCGGAAAACCUUCUCGAACCUUCAACACAAUUGCUCGGCCUUCCUUCAAAACUUCUCCCAGCUCCCUCUCUUUAAUCCAAACUCCCAGUCUUCCUUCCAAAACAACCUCCAAGCUUCAAUUUCCCACUUGCAGAACAACUCCAAACUAGCAAUUGAUGCUGCCGUUGCUCGUUUCAACCCGAUUCCUCCGUCAUCCUCCAGGAACCCGCUCUGGGCUCGGAUUCCGCCCGACCCGAUUCUCCCGUCCAUUUCCCCGCCUGCUGCUAUUCCUCCGUUGACCCCUCAAGCCAUCGAGGAGCGCUUGGCUGGCGUCCCAGUCUACGCCUUGAGCAACUCCCGCGACGAAUUCGUUCUGGUCUCUGGAGUUUCCACGGGAAAGUCUCUUGGAUUGAUGUGCUUCAAGAAGGAGGAUGCCGAUGCUCUCCUUCACCAGAUGAAGAGCAUGGACCCUGAAAUGCGCAAGGAUGGGUCUAAGGUUGUUGCCGUUGCUUUGAACAAGGUUUUUCAACUGAAGGUUGAUGGAGUUUCAUUGAGGUUGAUACCGGAGUCUGCCCAAGUGAAGAAUGCUCUUACUGAGCGGAAAAAGGCUGGACUGUCUGAUGAAGGGUUCCCUGGGGUUCCAGUUUUCCAGUCAAGGAGCCUGGUGUUGAGAAGCCAAACCAAGAACUACCGCCCUGUAUUCUUUAGAAAGGAGGACUUGGAGAAGUCUCUUGUCCGAGCUUCACGUGAACAGAAGAAACUAAAUCCUCUCUUCAGGGAUGGAGAUAUUCAGGUGGCUGUUUUUGAAGAAGUAAUCAAGUCCAUGAAGGAGAAUUCGGGUUCAACGUGGAACGAUGUAGUGUUCAUCCCACCUGGGUUUGACGUCUCGACUGAUCCUACCGCCCAGGAACAGGAGUGAAAACUGCAAGUUGGCGGAUCAUACGUUCGAGUUUCAACACCCAGCAUGUAGUGUGUAAUGUUCUGUUAAACCCUUUGGUUAGAAGUAGUCAUUUCCUUCAUGAACAAGCAUCUUCGUGCCUCCAUCAGCAUGCUAACCGGAUUGUAUCGAACUUACUGUUUAUUUCCUCCACUUUUUCCGCUGAAGUAAAUAUCUUCUAAAUGUGGCAAGAUCACCAUGUUUACAGGAACUGGGGAGUGAAUAGAAUGGUUCCAUGAGAAUCGGAUCGGAUGGCAGGGAAAGUCAACCAGUGAAUCGUCCACCUUCCAUGCCAAUUCAAUCCCAUUUCUGUUGCAGUCUCCUGUCCCUCUCUUGACCCAAUCAACCUCGGUAAAAAAA